AUGGCAAAGUCUAAUGAUGCUGUUUCAAAGAUUGCGUCUGAGCGAGGUAAAUUGCAGACUGCCAAGGACUCACAAAUGGAGUUGAUCGAGUCUCUUAAAACACGAGAAGCCGAACUCAAAGUUUUGUAUGAUAGCAUGAAGAACCGAUAUGAAGCCGAGACAAAUAAUCGCCAACGUGAAAAAACUGAGUGGGACCAGGAACACCAGACUCUUAACAAAAAGUUAGCAGAUCUGAACCAGGAAUUGACAUCUCUCAAGGCGGCCGGUGGUUUUGGUCUUGGAAGUGGUUUAGCUGGGGCUGUAGCUGCUACCCACGGUUCAUCAAGUGAUAUUGAUGAGGAACAGCUUGCCCGUGAUUUGGAAAGUUUUGGUGCCCAAGGUGAAGAUGAUGAGUUGGACUCUCAACAGGCCUCGCAUUUGUCUGGUUUAGAAAGUGAAACCAUGAAAUCUUCACUAGGACAUGCUCAUAAAUUAGUAGCCAAUUUACAGCGUGCAUUUACAAAGGAAAAGUCUGAAAAGCUAGAACUGCGUAGGCAACUAGCUGACAUGCAGGCUGAAUUGCAGAAGACUCGUUCAAAUGUCGUCAAAAACAAGCGGUCCAAGUAUUUUGCUAACGCUGCUAAUAACAGUAACAAUGGGUCUGCCAAUACCUCGGUUCGAUCAGCUGGAUCUUUAUACGGACCUGGCAGAGUUCGUACGAGCAUCAUUGACUAUGAGGAGCCUGUGGCCCAAGAUGGAUGGGAAGAUAUUGGCGGUGACUCGCCUAAGCGAGGAAUUAGCAGCGAAAGCGAUGCUUUUCAUUCUGCAUUGGAAUCUGAAUCUGGUUUUGAAACUGCUCAAGAAGAGGCGCAAACUGAAGAUGACGUUUAUCAGACGGGCCAAGAGACUAUGGAUGAAGGGUCUUCUGGUGAGCAUACAGAGACUGAAGAUUCCGCCGUGACUGAGAGUGGUGCUACGUUUUUCAACCCCAGAAGAAACUCUGUUUCCUCAACUGCCAGUGAUUCGGCCUCGGACAAUGAUUUUAACAUGAGCAUGGGUAGUAAUGCAAGCAUUGUCAGUGGUUCCAGGUCCAGCAGACGUCGUUCGUUUAAAAGCAGGCGAAGUAACCAUAAUUUAAGAUCAAGCACUUACAGUGGUGGUGGAUCUGAUCCAGAAGGAACGCCGGUGAAAACCUCUGGGACUGGCAGCCUUGCUGCCGAGUUCUUAUCUACCGAAGAAAUUGAGAGACAUGCUUCUGAACAUGGACUGGUCACUUUGCCUGUAGAGGAGUACGAACUCAUGGUAUCCAAGAUUGAUCUUAUUGACAAUCCAUCAAAGGAUGUUCUGCAGUCAUCAGCUGCCCAAAUCGAACAUGAGUUAGUUCCUGUGGGACAUGUUGGUGGUUUGGAAUCCCAAAUUGGUCAAUUCAAGGCACAAAUUGAAACUAUGGAUUCAAAGCUUUCUGAAUUGAACUCUCAUAAGGCUGGUCUAGAGUCACAAGUCGAAGAACUCUCUACUCGCUCGGGUGAUCUCGAGGGUCAAGUUGCUAAAUCCAAGACUCAGGAGCAUGUUCAAGAUUAUGCUACACAGCUUGGAUUCGAACUGGUUCCUUCAGGUCAUGUCAAGGAUCUCGAAUCAAAACUUUCAAAAGCCCAAUCUAAAGAUUAUAUCCUUCAUAAUGCCAAGGCUCAUAAUCUUGUCGCCAUCCCAAUUGAUGAUUACGAAAAAUACUUGUCUCCAACCCUGGAGGAUAUCACUCGUCAUGCGGAUGGACUUGACCAUAAACUUGUUCCACUCAAUGAGUAUGACAAUUUGAUUGCACCACCCACUGUGGAUGAGGUGGCCCAACAUGCUAAAAAUGUUGGAUAUAAAGCCAUUCCAAUUGAAGAACAUGACCGCCUUGUCCAUGAAGCAACUCGUUCACUUAGCGAAUCUGAAGUUACUGAUAAAGCGAGAGAGCUUGGACUGGUUACUCUUCCUACUGAUGAUCAUGCUGAACUAGUUAGAUCUAGUCUCGAUCCAACUGUAGACGAGCUGAUAGCCCGAACCGGAAAGCAUAACAUGACAGUGGUGCCAAUAGAUGAGUAUAAACGACUUGUUGAACUUACUCAACACCCUAGCAAUGAAGAUUUAGAGAAAUGGGCUGGUCCUCUUGGACUUGCAGUUGUUAAUGACGCAGCCUACCGCGACCUUCAACGAGAAGCAAGAGAUCCUACACCAGAAGAACUCAGCUCUCGUGCUGAAAAGCUUGGUCUUUCUAUUCUUCCUAAAGCUGAGCUGCAGGCUAUGGUUUCCCUCAGUGAAAGCCCACCUAAAGAACACCUCGAGAAGCAUGCUGACAAGUUCAAUUCCCUAUUGGUCGAUAAAGAUGACUACUCUAAGAUACAACAUCUGGCCAAUUCUCCCGAUCGAGAACACAUUAGUGAGAAAGCCCGAUCUCAUGGUUUGACUGUUGUCCCAGAUUCCGAGUAUAAAGAACUUCAAGCCAAAGCCAACAAGCCAACAUCUGAUCAUAUAAAGACCAAGGCAGCUGCUGUAGGACUGAUUGCUAUUGCUGCCGCUGAACAUGAAAAUUUGUUGCGGUCGGCUCAUAAACCUACUAGAGAAGAACUGGUUGCUAAAGCGUCAGAGUUGCAUGGUGCUGUGAUAGUGGACAAGGAUGUUCAUGAUGAAUUUGUUCGUAAGACUCAGUCUCCUUCUCAUGACGAGGUUAAAGCUCAGGCUGGUGCCCUUGGAAUGAUUGCUGUUGCUCAAGACGAGUAUGAUGAGAUUUCUCGUAAAGCAAAUUCACCUUCUCUCUCAGAGGUCCAGAGCUCAGCAGAACGUCAUUCCCACGUCUUGCUAUCUCAAGAUGAUCACAAGAAACUUGUCGCUUCUGCUACAUCUCCUUCGGAACUAGAAGUUACCGAGCAUGCCAAGAAACACGGUUUGGUUACUGUUCCUGAGUCUAAGUUUAACGAUCUUACCAGGAAGAGAACUAAAGAAGAGGCAACUGCUGCUGUUCGUGAGCACGGCCUGGUUGCUUUGACAUCUGAACAAUAUGAGACAAUGAGCAAUGCAGCCAAUCAGCCAAUUGAUAAGAACUUUGUCGAAUCUGCAGCAGCUGGUCUAGGACUUGCGACUGUGUCAACUGAAGAACUUGAGGCUUUAAGACACCCACCAGAAAAGACUGAUGAAGAAGUCAAACAGAUUGUCAAUGCAAGAGGAUAUAUUCUUGUUAAAUCAGAUCUUAUCUCGACUCCGAGCGGAGAUGUGCCUGAUUUGAACUUGCCAAUUAUUGCACUUACAAAGGAGAAUUAUGACCAAUUAGUACAACCGUCCCAAGAAUCUGUUCUGGAGAAACUCAAGGGUUUCGGUUUAGUGGCUAUGCCUGAGAAUGAGUACCAGUCGCUUGUAAAGGAACCUACGAGAGAAGAGUUGGUAGAAAAGCUUCAAUCUCAUGGUCACGUUGCUAUUCCUAAAGAAGAAUAUACUGAGUUGUCAUCUCGUCCUACUGAGAUCAAUCCUUCCAAGGAAGAACUUGCCGCAUUUGCUGCUGGACAUGGUUUGUCGACGAUUCCUAGUGAUCAUCUUGAACAGCUCAAGAGAGAGGCAGAGGAACCCAGUCACGAAAAAAUCACCGCUGUUUCUGGUCAACGGGGUCUUUCUUUGGUUAAUACAGAUGAGCUUAAUGCCAUUAAACGGAGAGCUGAAGAUCCUUCUCAAGAAGAGUUAAAUGGUCACGCGUCCAAGCACGGUUUGGUGCUCAUCGAUUCAGGUGAGCUUUCUACUAUUCGCUCUAGAGCCAGCAACCCUACGCCCGACCAGUUGAAAGAAGCAUCGUCGAACCUUGGAUUAUCCGUUAUUCCUACGACAGAACUUGAAAACUAUAAACGAAAAGCGAAUGCACCAUCCAAGACUGAGAUUGAGUCUCAUGCUGCGCAUUUUGGACUUGCUGCUAUCUCAGUAGGAGCUUUGGAGGAACUGCAUCGUAAAUCACAAAAGCCCAGCAAGGAGGAGGUCGAACAGUAUGGUCACAAAUUGGGCCUCAGGGUGUUGUCAGAAGAUGAGCAUAAUCAACUGCAUAGAAGAGUGAACAAUCCAACCGUGGGUGAACUUCAGAAAUCUGCCGCUGCUCACAAGCACUCUAUUUUGCCAAAAGAAGAAUUGGAUCAACUACGACGCAAAUCCAACGAGCCUACUAUUGAUGAAAUCAAGUUGGCUGGUGAAGCACACGGAAUGGUUGUUGUUGACAAGGACAUGUAUGAUGAGCUAGAAAAGAACUCAACUCAACCUGAUGAGCCGACUAUAACCCGACUUGCUAAAAAGUUAGAUCUUGCUGUUCUGCCAAGCGUAGAAUUAGAGCAACUGCGAGAACAACUCAGCCAUCCAUCGAAAACUGACGUAGAAUUCUGGGCAAAGAAACAUAACCUCGUGGCGAUUCCAAGGGAGGCACAUGUCUCACUCACCGAAAGAGCUGAGAAGCUUGAAAAGCUUGAGAAGAACGAGCCGUCUGUGUCACCAAAAGAUGUGCAUUUGAUGUCUGUUGCCGCCAAGCGUAAUCACUUUGAGGAUAUCAUUAAACAAUCGUCGAAAGAAAAGCAGAAUGAUAAGGUCGCUGAGUCAAUUAAAUCGUUGGGUUAUGUUCCCGUGUCAAACGAGGAAUAUAAGCGUCUUCUGUCAAACCAAAGCGUAUAUGAACCCACUAAGGGUGAUAUCAUUCGUACUGCUAAAUCAUUUGGUCUUAGCGCUAUUCCAAUUGAGGAGUAUAAGUCAUUGCUUAAAAGACACAGUCAUGUGCGUGAUGAGAGUACUAAUUCUAUUGAAAGCUUUGGCUCGGGUGUUUCAGGUGUUCCUGGAGAUAGGACCAGUGCUAACCCAACCACACCUGUACGUAACACGGCUCCACAUGACUUCCAAUUGGAAUCACCCAAAUCUGAUUUAGAUAUGAAGGCUGUACCGGCAGAAUACCUUGCUUCGUUACGCCGCAUUGCUGAGAAUCCAGAAGAAGAAGAUCUCAAGGGCUUGGCACACAAGUUGGGCUUAAAACUCGUUCCACUAACUUCUGAAGAUGAAGGCAAAAAGACACUCACUACUUCUUCAUCUGUUAAAUCGAUAUCCAGCCAGUUUAAUACUGCCGAAGAUGUCAACAAUGUAUCGAUUUCUUUCGAAGAGUAUGCUGAACUGAAGAAGAAAGCUAACCAGAUAUCCUCACCUGAGAGCCUACAUGCAAAGGCUGCUGAGCUAGGAUUUGUUGCAGUUGCUGCUGGCGAACUUGAAAAUUUGCGAAACAAAUCUAUUAGUGAGGAAGAAAUUCGCGAUAAAGCAUCACAGCUUGGCUUGGUAACAUUGACCAAUUCUGAUUAUCAGAAUUUGAGUGAUGCUGCUAAACAUCAGCCAAAGGAACUAGAUGUUGAGGAGAUCCAAGAGAAGGCUCACUUAAUGGGUCUUGUUGCUAUACCCGAACAACAGUUUGCUGAUCUGCAAACCAGAGAAACCAAGUUGACCCCAGAAGAUAUCCGCAGUCAUGCAGAACAGCAUGGCUUGGUCGCUCUACCUGUUUCAGAGUUAGCUCAGUUGCAAGCGCCAAAGGAUCUCAGUGCAGAAGAAAUUCAACACCAUGCUGAGAGUCGUGGAUUAGCGGUCUUGCCAAAGACCGAACUAGCUCAGCUAAACGAACCAAAAGAUCUGACAGUUGAGGAUAUUAAUCAUCACGCCAGUAAGCAUGGACUCGUUGCGUUACCACAAGAUGAAGUGGACAGGUUGCAAGCUCCAAAGGAUAUUGGAAUUGAAGAAAUUCAACACCACGCUGAAAAUCGUGGAUUGGCAGUAGUCCCUAAGGAUGAAUUAUCCCGCUUGCUACAGCCAGAGCUUUCAGUUGAUGACAUCAAGAAGCAGGCGGAUUCACAGGGUCUUGUGGUCGUUCCAAAGGAAGAGUUUGUUGCCAGAAAACAAAUCAGUGGUAAUGAUAUCAAAGAGCACGCUGACAGUCAUGGCUUAGUGGUUCUUCCAAAGGAUGAAUUUAACGAACUGCAAAAAGCACAACAACCGAAGAAAUCCGGUAUCAAGGAAAUCGAGGCGGCUGCGGCCGCUCUUGGACUUGUUGCUGUGUCUGCCGAUAGUUACAACGAGUUCAGGAAGAGCUCCAGUGGACAAGUUAAACGCCAGUCACUUUCUCCCGAGGAGCUCACCACUCAUGCUGACAAUAUUGGAUAUGUUGCUGUUCCUGCACCGGAGUACAACCGAUUGAAGAGCCCCACCUUCACAGAUGAAGACAUUCAACGCCAUGCAACUAGCUUAGGUCUUCGUACCAUAUCAGACGCCGAUUAUCGCGCAUUGAUUGCAAAAUCUGAGCCCAAAGUGUUCAACAACACAGACUUGGAGAGGGAGGCCAGAAGUAGAGGUAAAGUUCUUCUGGAUUCUAAUGAAUAUGCCGAACUUAUGAUGAGCCAUGAAUCGUUAACUGAUAGAACUUCGCAAGGUGCUAAAGAUAACACAAGCUCGCUAUCGCCCGAUGAGCUCAAGAGUCAUGCUGAGAAGAUCGGUCUCGCUGUUGUAAACGCAUCCGAGCUUGAGAGUCUUCGUUCUGCUAGAGAGACAACAACACUCAGGGAAUCAAGAGGAUCACCUAUCACUGUUGUCAAUAGAAACUCGAGGUUUAACAUGCAGUCGGCUAUCAUUGAUGAUACUUCUUCGGAAAUGUCUGCUGAAGCUGAUGAAUCUACCAUUACGGUAUCUGGCAGACCACCUCAUGUUGCUCUUCCUUCUGUUUCAGAAUCAGACUUCUCUGUUGAAUUUGAUGGCGACAACCGAGUGCCAAGUCAAAGCACAGGCAAACUUCUUCCUGCAGCCGGAAUCAGUAAACAGGCUAGUACCUCUGUUGCUGGACCUGCUACUGUCGGUGUUGUCAGUGGUGCUGCUGCUGCCAGUGCUGCGGCUAUUGCAGCCAAUGGCCGUCAUCACACCCUUGACCCCAGCCAUUUGUCACCUGCUAGCAACAAUGCCAAUGCUAUGUUUAACCUCAGUCAAGCUACCAUUGCUAGUCAGACGUCACUGAAUGAACGAAAUAUGAUUCCAUACAUCACACAAGUUGUUAUCGGAGAGUUUUUGUUUAAAUACACUCGUACAUUUGGCAUUAGUGGCAUUUCUGACAACCGCCAUGAAAGAUACUUCUGGAUUCAUCCUUACACAUUGACAUUAUAUUGGAGUAAGGAAAAUCCAGCCAUGGAGAGUAUACAUAGUGGUAAGACUAAAUCUGCUGCUAUUGUCAAUGUUGAAGCUGUUGAAGAUUUGAAUCCCUUACCGCCUGGUCUAUACCACAAGAGUAUAAUCAUUCAUACUUCGGAUCGUUUGAUCAAGGUAACCUGUCCAAGCAGACAAAGACAUAAUAUCUGGUAUAACUCUAUCAAAUUCCUGUUAAAGAGAUCUAUCGACGAUCUAACUUUUGAUGAGGAGCUUGGCGACGUCAACUAUGCUGAGGAUCGAAGGGUCAACAGAGAGAGAACCCGCACUAGUGCUGUGACCGGUCAAAGUUUAAGGGAAAACCGCAGUCACAGAGUGUUGUCGUUGAGACAGAGCUUAGCGCCAGAAAUGAACGUAUCGAGGGUUGGAACAAGAGCCUCGCUCCGUCAAGAAAGUGUUAGCUCAUUUGUUCCCUCAGGUCAACGAGCAUCUUCUGGGUCGACGUCGAGAUCAAGCAGUCGCUUCAGUCGGGGAUGA